AUGACUACGGCUGACGAAUUUAAAGCACAAGGAAAUAAUGCGUUUCGUGCACAAGAUUUUGAAAAAGCUAUAGACCUAUUUAGCAAGGCAAUAGAUGUUUCUGAAAAGCCUAAUCAUGUUUUAUACUCGAACAGAUCUGCUUGCUAUACGUCGUUGCAUAAAUAUGAUAAUGCGUUGAAGGAUGCUCAGAAAUGUGUUGAGAUUAAUCCAACUUGGGCUAAAGGCUACAAUCGUAUUGCUGCUGCAUAUUACGGCGAGGGUCGGUUUGAUGAAGCUCAAAAGCAGUACCAGAAGGCAUUGGAAAUUGAUCCUUCAAAUAAAAUGGCCAAGACAGGAAUUGAAGAUAUUUCAAAGGCUAAGAGUGCCAGUGCAAAUCCAGGCAUUGGAUUAGGUCAAAUGUUUAGCGAUCCACAUCUCAUAGAAAAGUUAAAGGCUAAUCCAAAAACUGCCGAAUAUAUGAAGGAUCCAAUACUCGUUGAAAAGGUUCAAAAGUUGCAAAAGGAUCCAAGUUCAGUUUCCAAAGAUCUCUUCUCAGACCCAAGACUUAUGUCAGUUGUUGCCGUGAUUUUAGGUAUUGAUUUGAAGGCUGGUCCCGGAGGACCUUCGGCUGCUCAGACUUCAGCUCCUGUGCAGUCUACAUUCAAAGAAACUCCAAAGGAUGAGAAGCCAGAACCAAAGAAAGAGGAGAAAGAGCAAGAAAAAAGUUCGGAUGUGCCCCCUGAGAAGGAGCAGGCAGAUAAACUUAAAAAAGAAGGAAACGAUCUGUACAAAGCUCAUAAAUUUGACGAAGCUAUCGGAAAAUACAACCAAGCAUGGGAAACUUAUAAGGAUGUUACUUAUUUGAACAAUCGUGCUGCUGCUGAGUUUGAAAACGAGGAUUAUGAUACAGCAAUUAAGACAUGUACCGAGGCAGUCGAAGAGGGCCGAGCAGCACAUACAGACUAUAAGAUUAUUGCUAAGUCUUUCGCGCGUGUUGGAAAUUGCUAUGUCAAAAAGGAUGAUUUACCUAAGGCUAUCGAAUUUUAUGAGAAGUCAUUAACGGAGCACCGUACUGCCUCAACAUUAACCAAGUUGAGAAAUGCACAAAGGACGCUGAAGAAGAGAAAGACAGAGGCAUAUAUGGAUAAGGAUAAGGCUGAAGAAGCUCGUGUCAAGGGUAAUGCUGAGUUUAAGAAGGGAGACUGGCCAUCAGCAGUUAAGGAGUACACUGAAAUGAUCAAGAGGGAUCCUAGCGAUCCAAGGGGUUAUUCUAACAGGGCAGCUGCUCUUUCCAAGUUAAUGUCUUUUCCAGAUGCUAUACAAGACUGUGAAGAUGCAAUUCAGAGAAGGCCAGACUUUAUCAGAGCUUAUAUCAGAAAGGCAAAUGCAGAGAUGGCAAUGAAGAAAUACAAGGAUGCCGACGACACACUUGAGAAGGCAAAGGAAAUAAUGAAGAAGAACAAUGAACUGAACUCCCCACAGAUGAAUGAAAUCUAUCAACUCUCGCAGAAGGCCCUUACCCAAAGAUUUGCUCCAAUGGAUGGCGAGACUUAUGAAGAGACCAUGAAAAGAGUCCAGAAGGAUCCGGAAGUUAUUGAGAUCAUGUCUGAUCCAGUAAUGCAGACAAUCUUACAACAGGCACAGAGUAACCCCGCUGCUUUGCAAGAGCACAUGAAAAACCCAGAGGUGUAUAGAAAGAUUACUAUUUUGAUGGCAGCUGGAAUUAUAAGAACGAGGUAA